AUGGCCCAACAGAAAGCACUCAUCCUACCCAAGCCACUCGGGUCGUUCGAGGUGGGGGAGAAGCCCAUUCCCUCUCCCGGCCCGGGAGACUUGCUUGUCAGGGUUGAAUCGGCUGGACUGCAACCGCUGGAGUGGAAGAUCCAGAAGAACGAGCACGGGUUGUCGAAAUUCGCCGAGCCAUACCCCGCCGUUCUCGGGGUAGACAUCGCAGGCACCGUUGAAGCUGUCGGCGAGGGCGUUACUCGCUUCGCCAAGGGUGAUAGAGUGCUUACACAAGGCCAUGUCGUGCCCGACAAGGCUGGCUUCCAGCAGUACACGCUCGCUGACACCGACUUCACCACCAAGAUUCCCGUCGGGCUAUCGUUUGACGAAGCCUCCACCCUACCCAGCUCAGCCAUCUCGGCGGCAUUCGGACUGUACAACCCCCUUCCCCGCGGCGCGGGGCUCACCCCUCCCUGGGAGGCCGGCGGGCGCGAGAAACACGCGGGCAAGCCCAUCCUCAUCUUCGGGGGCUCAUCUUCCGUAGGCCAGCUCGUCAUCCAAUUCGCCAAACUAUCGGGUCUCUCCCCCAUAAUCACCACCGCCUCCCCGCACAACGCGCCCCUCCUCAAAUCCCUCGGCGCGACGCACGUCGUCGACCGGAGCCUCUCCCCCGCGGCGGCGAUCGCGGGCAUCACGUCCGCGCCGCUCACGCUCAUCUACGACGCGGUGAGCUUCGGCGAGACGCAGCACGCGGCGUGGCGGCUGCUCGCGCCGGGCGGUGUGCUCGUGGUCACGCUCCCGCCGGUGUUCGACGUCGAAGAGGGGAAGAGCGAGGGGAAGACGGCGAUGCAGGUGUUUGGGAUCGCGCAUGCGCCUCUGCCGGGGCAGAGGGAGAGUGCGAAGACGUUCUUUGCUGCCCUAGAGGAUUUACUUAAGAAGGGGGAGAUCAAGCCGAACCCUGUACGCGUUCUCCCGGGCGGGUUGAAUGCCAUACCUGAGGGUUUGCAGGAGCUGGAGGAAGGCCGGGUAAGCGGACAGAAACUGGUCGUGCAUCCCCAUGAGACGCAGUGAGGUCAAUGCGCAAGUCGAAAUGCCAAUGAUGUGCUGUAUGUGUGUAGUACACGACUCCGAAUAAUUUAUUUGAUGGUCC